AUGAGGAGGUUUUUCCAAGCUCACAGGGACGAGGACUUCAGUCAGAUCCAGUAUCUGACGGCCAAGUGCAGCCGCCUGGCGCACGACAGAGCGGUGCUGGACAGGGAGUUCCUGCUGUCCAGAGAGCGGGAGAGGAAGCUGCAGAAUGAUCUGGAAGCUGCAAGCGCUCAAAUCUUCCACCAGGAGCAGCUGAACCUGGAGCUGAGGAUGAGAGAGGACCAGCUGAUCAGCAGGAUGCACCGGCAACAGGACCUGGUGUCUGCCCUGCAGCAGAGGGUGGGGCUGCUAGCGCGGGAGAGCUCUCGGGACGAGGAGCUGCUGAGGCAGGUCGGCUCGGAGCUGAUGUGGCUGCAGAGCUCCGAGGGUAAGCUGGAGGGCCUGGUGGAGGAGCUGCACGCUGAGGCCCAACACAGAGUUGCGGAGGCAGUGAGCUUCCAGGCGGAGCUCCACGCAGAGGCCCAGCGCAGAGCCGAGCGGACGGAGAGCCCCCAGGCAGAGCUGCGCAGUAAGACGGAGAAGCUGGAGGAGCUUCAAGACACAAACCAAACGUUGACAGAGAAGCUGAAGGAUCUAGAGUCGGCUCAUCAGACGGAGGUGAGGGGGCUGACGGAGGAGAACCAGCGUAGCCUGAGGAAGCUGCAGGGCACCGCGGAGCAGUUUGAGUGGCUCUGUCAGCAGCAGCGCUACUGGAUGUGCUGUGUCAAGAGAUUCAAAGACUGCCUGAUGGAAGAGAGAGACGCUCUGCUGCGACAGGUCAUCCUGUUGAAGAAGAAGACACAGAAACUAAAGCAGAGGUUACGUGAUGACAGCCAGAGCGUCCUCUGUCCCCUGCAGGACUCUAAAUGCUGCGACUGUUUAACGUUAUGGGAUGCCGAUGCAGUCGCUGACCUGGAGUCUCAGGUGGAGAAGUCCAACAUGCUGUAUGCAGAGCUCUUUAACCAGGCAGGGAGUCCUAUCAACGAACACCAAAAACCUCCUUGAGGACAGAAGCCAGGACUCGUCUCUUUUCUCUUCCCACCUUCAGCAGACCAGAAGAGAACCACUGGAUGUUUGUGUGUGUGGUAGCCUUUGUGGAAAACUUCCCAGUUAUUGUCAUAAAAACCCG